AGCCACUAUCCAUUCAAUCUUAAUAUGUAAGUAUUGUGGUUGGUCAAUCUUAAAUAUUUAAUGAAGCUCCUUACUUUAGAACUCAAUCACACAAUAAUAUAGCGUAUUCUACGAAAAACCUCACUUGUGAUUGAAUAAGAAUGAAGCUCUUAAUGUCUCGCAGUUGUAAACCUUAUGUUUAUGUUUAGAGAACUCUACAACUCCUUUUUAUAGUAUUGGAGUAAUUAAAAAUUGAUGCUUUGGAAGGUGUAGAAACCUUUUCAGAUUUGGAAGCACGUCUUUACCACCUCUGGGCAUCAUUUGAUUAAUUCAUCGGCAACUUCUGGGUUCCCUCAAUUGAGCUAUUCUGGAGUAACUUCGAUCAAUUGACAUUCAGUAAUUAUGAAGCAAAGGGAACCACUUGAGCUCCCUUGCAAAAUGGAAAUGGAGGUAGACAAGAUCAGCAACUUACCAGGACAUAUUGUGGACAAAAUUUUGUCACAUAUGUCACUUAGGGAUGCAGUGAGGACAAGUAUUUUGUCAAGCAAGUGGAGGUACAAAUGGGUUACCCUUCCUCAUCUUGUAUUUGAUAAUCAAGGUGUAUGUAUUUUAUCUCAAGAUGCGAUGGUCAUUAAGAAUAAGCUUGUGAACAUUGUGGAUCAUGUCCUUUUACUUCAUACUGGCCCAAUACAAAAGUUUAAGCUUUCUCACCGGGAUCUUCAAGAUGUCAGUGACAUUGAUCGAUGGAUUCUUUAUUUGUCAAGGCUCUCUGUGAAAGAAUUCAUACUUGAAAUUUGGAGGGGUCAUCGCUACAAGCUACCUUCUUCUGUAUACUCUUUCCGAGAUUUGAUUCAUUUAGAAGUCUUUAAUUGUUUGUUAAAACCUCCUUCAACAUUCGAAGGGUUUAGAAGCUUGAAGAACCUUGAUCUUCAGCACGUUACCAUGGACCAAGAUGUAUUCGAAUAUCUUAUAUCUAAUUGCCCUCUUCUCGAGCGGUUGACAUUAAUGAACUUUGAUGAUUUCACCCAUCUUAAAAUCCGUGCUCCAAAUCUCCGAUUCUUUGACAUUGGAGGUGUUUUCGAAGAAAUUAAUUUUAUGAAUACCUUCAGUCUAGCCAUUAUUUCUGUUGCUUUGUAUAAAAAUGUUGGAAAUGACAAAAACUUGACUCGUGGCAAUACUAGCAAUUUGAUCAAGUUUUUUGCUCAUCUGCCUCAAAUUCAGAGGCUCGAGGUGCAGAGUUAUUUUUUGCAGUACUUGGCUGAUGGACGUGUACCUGGAAGGCUGCGUGCGCCGUGCAUUGAGCUCAAUUACUUAUCUGUAUGCAUAAACUUCAAUGAUAAAGAGGAGGUUUUGGUGGCACUCUGCCUUCUUAGAAGUUCUCCUAACCUACUAGAGCUUGAGAUGUUGGCUCGCCCAGAAAAACAGACCGUGAAGGGAACAGACGCAAGUUUUUGGGAAGAGGAUUCCAAUAAUUGUCCCCUCAACCAACUGCGGCUAGUUAAAAUCGCUUGCAUCUCCGGUGUCAGAUGCGAGAUGGAUUUCAUCAAUUAUCUGCUUGCAAAUUCACCUGUGCUCGAGAGAAUGACUGUUAAGCCUGCUUCAAAUGAUGGGGGAUGGGAGAUGCUAAAAGAGUUACUGCGAUUUCGGCGUGCUUCGGUGCAAGCAGAAAUCAUUUACAUAGAUCCGUGAUUAACUAUUCGUUGAGCUAAAUAUUUUUAAAGUUUUGAUGUGAACAACUCAUGGAUCUUUCUUCAUAAUACCCUUGUUCUGACACUAAAAUUAUGUUUUGUGAAUUUUGAAAAUGUAGAUUCAGGAAAUGGUCUUUUGCAGUGUUGAUUCUGUCUGUGUGUGGUGUGUGUUCUUCUAGUUCCGGAGUUCUCCCAAAUUAUUGGGGCCUGCACUGUAACUAUUCUGGAAAGUUAUUCGGAUGGCAUGGUUACUUUUUUA